GCUGGAAUAACUAUCCUUAAUGAAAUAGGUGUUGAUCUGGGAAUCGAUUAUCUAUCUGCAAUGAAAAUUAUUGAUGAUAUAACAUCAUUCAUUUCAUGGUGUGGUGGCUUACCUGCUCAAGAAGCAUUUAAAAAGCAUAACAUUUUAGAUGGUGAACUAUUAAAAUUUCAUUUUCCAACAGUAUCUAUUGAUUCAAAUUUUGAAUUUGAAGGCCUUGCGAACAGAGAUUCCUUGUCAUAUAUAGAUACAUAUGGUUUAGCUUCUUUAGAAAUAAAAGAUGCGAUGCUUAGAGGUAUUUUAAGAUAUAAA